AUAGUAUCUUACUUUUCAGCUGAAUCAGAAUUGUUGCCUUUCCUAAGGGUAGGCUACUGGUUAUAUUGAGCAACGCCAAUUUUAUCUUGUUAAGCAACCCCAAUUAAGUUUAUUUUUAUUAGUCGCACAAAAUAUAUGUCUAUUUGAAAGUUUAAAUUACUCAAAGGACAAAACGAUGACGCGUUUGAGGAUGAUCAUGACAGACAGGAAAAGCAGAGACGGAAGAAGCCACAGGUAAAGGUAGGCGAGCUGCUGCGCCCCAAUCCUUUCUGAUUCGAAAACGUUGAGGAAAAACGUAAACUGGCAAGCUGAGGAAUAUUUUGCGGUUUAAAAAGAUUUUAAAAGAAGACAGAAAUGAAGAAACAGGAGGAGGAAGAGACAGCCAACAGGCCAGACAACACAGCCUUUACCCAGCAGCGUCUUCCGGCCUGGCAGCCCAUGCUCUCGGCUGGCAUCGUCAUCCCAGGGUUUCUUCUUAUCGGCCUGGUCUUCAUUGGCAUUGGUGUCACCCUCUUUGUCACCUCGCAAAACAUCCAAAUGCUUGAGAUGGAUUACACUGGAGUAGAUAACACCUCACCCUGCUACAAGUGCACUGACACCAAACAACAGAACUGCAUGUGCACUCUGAACUUCUCAGUCAGCACACUGGUUGAGGGUCCUGUGUUCUUCUAUUAUGGCCUGUCCAACUACUUCCAGAACUACCGCAAAUAUGGAGUAUCUAAAGACUUCUACCAGCUGUCAGGUGAUCUCACCUACUUUACGACUCCUAGUGACGACUGCUUACCUUACCAGUAUGAUUCUAGUACAAACUCCAAGCCAAUUGUUCCCUGUGGGUCGGUAGCAAACAGCAUGUUCAACGAUAGCUUCACGCUGUACCAGAUUGUCAACGGAACAAAUAAGUUGGUCCCCUUUGAUGGUAAAGGGAUCGCCUGGUGGACUGACUACAACGUCAAGUACCGAAACCCAAGUGUUAGUCCUCUGGAGAACGCCUUCAACAAUACGGUUAAGCCACCCUAUUGGUCCAAAACAGCCUAUGAGCUGGACACCUCAGACGCCUCCAACAAUGGCUUCAUCAACCAGGACUUCCUGGUUUGGAUGAGAAGGGCGGCCCUGCCAGAUUUCCGGAAACUAUAUCGAAGAAUCACUGAGGGGGAUUACGCCCAAGGCCUGCCUGCUGGAAACUACUCCCUAAACAUCACCUACAAUUACCCAGUUAUUCCCUUCAAUGGCAGGAAGAAGGUGGUCAUCAGUAAUGUAUCCUGGAUGGGCGGCAAGAACCAGUUCCUGGGCAUCGCCUACCUGGUGGUUGGCUCACUAUGUGUCUUCAUGUCUAUGGUGAUGCUCAUCGUCUACGCUAAGUUCAAGUUCCCGGAGGAAGACUAGACUAGUGAUGGGAGCCCUGGACUGUGAUGGAUUGUGGAAAGGCCCGGAAGGUCAACGUUAUGGAAGGGUUUAAUGGGGCCACAGAGAUGGAAGCUGUUAAUUGACUUGAGCAAUUCAUCUUAAAAUGAGCUGGUGAGAAUGUCAGAUCCCUAUUGAUUCCCAUUACGACAUUAAGUAACAUUAGGGGGUUAAAAGGUUAAAAAGAUUGUUUUUAUUUCCAUUGCAUGUAUAAGGGAAAAUUUUAACUCCUUUUAAUAGAUAUUUUGCCAUUUUCCAUGAUAAUGGAAUGUAUGCUGUUCAAUGGUCUCAGAGGCUUUGAUAUGAAGUUUUUUUUGUAUUAACACACUACUAGUUGCUACUUUAAUAUUUUUGUGUGAUACGUAAAUAUGCUCAGGCUGUCUGUUGUACCCUCAAAUGCCGUCACACUCUGUGACAGGUCAUAUAAGCCAUAUUGUACAUAAGACUGUUCUCUUUACGUGUAUUUGGAAGUUACAUGGAUGUCUGUAGGAUAAUUUUCUAUUAAGUUGUUAUUGGGUAUAUGGAUAUCCCUCCCAUUCUCAGGACUGUGAUAGACUUUGAAACUCAGCUUCAACAUACUGAUUUUAGAUUAGCUUUAGUAUUUAUUUUGAUUCCUACAUUCAGACCUUGUUUAUUUUGGCUAAGACAAUGCUCUAUUUUUAUUCUAUAUUAAAUUAAUCAGUUUGAGGGGUAA